AUGGCGGAGCUGCCCAGUCCCGUGCGAGGGGCGACGGUGGCGCCUCUGCCGCCGCCUCCUCUUCCUCCCCCGGCUCUGGCCGUCGACGCCCGCGUCUCCCCGCGCGGGCUCCAGCCGCCGGCCGCCAAGCGCCUGAAGGGAGGGGACGAGCGCGGCUUCAAGGCGGCCAAGCGCCUCAACGGCGAGGGCCACAGGCAGCCUCCGCCUCCUCCUCCACCGCCUCACAUCCCCGUGGCGUCUUCCCCGGCGGGCCCCGCCGUGUGGAGCCUGGCCGCCUUCUCCUCAGGCGGGGGAAGCGGCGGCCCGACCGGCGGCGGCGGCGGCGGCUCCUUCGUCUUCCAGCCUCAGCUGCCCCCUAAGUUGCUUCUUCCGCCGCCGCCGCCGCCUCCUUCUCUCUGCCUGGCCGGCGUGGAGGGCCCCGGCGGGGCCAAGAGCAAGAAGCCGAAGGAGAAACGCGAGAAGGAGAGGCGGAAAACCCUGCCGGGGACGACGACAACGGCGGCGGCGGCGCCUCAGGGAAGCGGCCGGGAAGAGAACGGCGACCUGAAGAUGCUCCUCCAGCAGCACCACCAUCGGCACCACCAUCGCCCAGGCGAUGAAAUCAUCAGAGAAAAAACCACAGAACGAGACAAGGAAAAGCAGAAAGAAAAAAAGAAGCACAGAUUAAUGUCUGAAAUUAAAAAAGAGAAUGGAGAAAUGAAAUUAUUUCAGAAAGACAUAAAAGAAAAAGUGAAAAGCAACGCAGACGACCUACAGAUUAAAAAAGUAAAGAAGAAAAAGAAAAAGAAACACAAAGAGUGCGAAAAACGGAAGCGUCCAAAAAUGUACAGUAAAUCUAUUCAGACCAUCUGCUCAGGAUUGCUUUCCGAUUUUGAGGAUCAAGAAGCCAAAGGCAUUGUGGAUCACGACCACCACCACCACCACCACCACCACCACCANCACCAAAGACCCCACACAAUGAUUUUUAAUUAUAGAUCAGGCAUGCUUUUUGAGAGUGUUUUUGAUGUCAUUGUGGAUGCAGCAAAAAGUGUAAAAAGAACAUAUUCCCAUGGUACAUACAGAGCAGGCCCGAUGAGACAAAUCAGCUUGGUUGGAGCAGUAGAUGAGGAAGUUGGAGAUUAUUUUCCAGAGUUCCUUGAUAUGUUGGAAGACUCACCUUUGUUAAAAUGUACUUUACCAUGGGGGACUCUUUCUAGUCUUAAACUAGAAAGUCGGAAAGAUAGCGAUGAUGGUCCCAUCAUGUGGGUACGUCCAGGAGAACAGAUGAUUCCUGUGGCAGAUAUGCCAAAGUCGCCUUUCAAAAGGAAAAGGGUUGAACAGCCUCGCAUAACCAAAGACGUAAUUUGUUUUCACGCAGACGAUUUCUUAGAAGUAGUUCAACGACUGCAGUUAGAUUUGCACGAGCCUCCACUUUCCCAGUGCGUCCAAUGGGUGGACGACGCGAAACUUAACCAGUUACGAAGGGAAGGCAUCCGAUACGCCAGGAUUCAGUUGUACGAUAACGAUAUUUAUUUUAUCCCACGGAAUGUUAUACAUCAGUUUAAGACGGUUUCAGCGGUGUGCAGUUUGGCGUGGCACGUGCGGCUCAAGCUCUACCACUCGGAGGCCGAAAACCAAACCGCCUGCGACACGGAUCCCCCGACCGAUGCCACGUCUUCUCUGACGGGACUUCAGACUGUGGGUGCCACCCAUCCCGCAGACGUCCACGCCUCCGAAGGAACCAAAUUCUUAAGUAGCCUUCAGACGAAAUGCGUGAAACAAGAGGUUUUGUGCCCGCCACACGAACCCGAUUUAUCUCUCCAGAAUCCCGAGGAGACCCUUCCCGUCGACCUUCCAGAAAAGAUGGCGGCCUCCAGUGCUGCGGAAUGUCCGAAAGUGAAAGCGAGACUGGAUCACGCAUAUUUGACAGGGUGGAGACUUGAGACUGACCAGAACCCUGAGCCUGGCCACAAAUACUUACAGGACAGCUUGUGCCCCGGGGGUCGUGUGAAUCUGAAAGACACGAGACCCAGGAGCUCAUCUUACCCAAGUCUGCAUGACAAACCAGAAGAUGAUUUUUUGUGUUAAGUGUGUCUGUGUGUGCGUGCGCGUGGGCGUGGGCGUGCGUAUAUGUUUUUAAAGUACUUUUAAAAUAUAAUGACGACAAUGUAAGGAGGCUUACAUUCUGUGAGGCAGGAUGUCUUUUCCUGGCCUGCCCUUGCAGUUGUGGCAACAUAAAAAUAGUACAUGUAGCUUUGUAACAUUCCUCAGUGCCUGUCCGUAACUGUAAACUGUUUGAAAGCACUUAGGGCCAGAUGCACUGUAAACACUGCAGGUAUAACAUAAAAAAAAGUCUUUAAAUAUGAGUUGUAGGUUUUAGAAUAGAGCUGACAUUUAACAUAUAUAUUUUUUGUAAGAUAAGCCAGAAUUCUUUUUGACAAUUCCAGGCUUUUCCAUAGAGCUUAUUUAUAUCAUUUUUUUUUCCUUUUUAAAUGUGUCAGCACUGUAGUGUAAAUAGCCUUUUUUAAAAAAAAAAAAAACGAACACAAAACAAAAACAAAAAACUUUUUAGUGUGAUUUAUAUUAAAAUGUGAGCCGCUUAAUAAAGGUUCAUAAUACUUAUUUUUAUUUUGGAAAAUCUCAAUCCUGGUUUAAAAAAAAAAAGGGAAAUAUUCUUAUAUUAAAAAUGCAUAGAUGUAUUAAGUAAGAUAAAAUUUGUUGUUGAAUUUCCACAAAAUCCUAUCUGGAGAAGAAUAAGAAGGUUCAUUUCCUUUUGGUCGGAUGCUAGACAGGAUGUCAGAAUGAAAGCAUAACUUUCUUCCUUUUUCCUAUCUUACGAACGUUAGACUUCAGCAAGGAUUGAACAUUUGAGUACUCUUGACUGGCAUAUCACUAAAGUGGAGUCCUAAUGAGUGCAAAUCGUAAAUAAAUACAAAAAAAGAGGGAUUAAAAAAAAAGAAUACUACUACAAUUUGCCAGUUAUUUGAACAAAAUAUAUAAAUAGACCAGCAGUGAUCUACUUAAUUCUUUUUCCCCCCCUAUCCUUUGGCUGGGCCCUUAAUUCUGUAAUGGCAACAAGCAGAUGACGAAAGAGAGUUUUACGAUAAAUGUAAGAAAGGGGGGGGGGAGAGCAUCUCGUUCCUCAUGCGUCUGGCUGAAUAAAGUUAGGAACAUGCUUAGCUUAAUUCCUUCUGUGCCAGAACCUAAACGUUUUCCUUUAUGUAACAGAACACAGAAACAGCUGUCUCUUUCUGACCUCUUUUUUUGGCACAAAUUAUGACUUCCAUUAUUCCCAGCGGGGAGUAUAAUAUGAAAAAAAUAUCCAUUAAAAUAUCCACCCGUCUCAUCAAUUCCAUUUUGAGUCUUCAGCUUUGCCAUUCAGGUGAUGACUAUUUUUGCAGCAUCACACCCCCCCCCCCCGGGCCCCACAAUUCGGUUAAA